CCAUUGUUAACUUUCUUGUGGUUGCGGGAUGUCACGCAUCACUUCUUGAGUGUUCUUGAUCAUCUAUUGUGUUCGGAAAUGUUGAUUGUUUUCCCAUUUGCCCCUGUCCGAUGUUGUCCACCAAGUAUUUGCCGAUCAGUUGUCGUGUCAUAUGAGCCCUAUCGUAUUUGACAGGGAAUGUGUAGAAAUUAUUAAACUGUGCCAUAUCAUUAUUUAAUUGGGCCUCAUACUCUUCGUAAAUUGAAUUUUAUAAGCUGUGAUAUAAACGGGUAUUUAAGACAUACAAAGAGAAAUUAACACAUUGUGAAUUACCCAAGAACUUGUGUGCUUCCCUAUUAACAAUUUCAUUGUGACUAAUGGUGAAGUAUAGAGAAACUCUCUAAGCUAGAUUCUCUGAAGGAUGUAAAUCAUCUUCAUUUAAGACUAAAGAGACCCAUAAUCUCAUUACUUUAUUUGAUUUGAGAACUCUUAGAAAGUUUUGGUGCAAAUACUUGGAUCUUAAGUGCCAAUGUUGAAGUUAUAAAGUUUUUGUCGCCAUAGACUGAGACAUCAGAGGCACGGUUAUUGACUCAUCAAAAUGUACCAUGCCACAAUGUUCCCACACAUGGUGGUUCAAGUUGGCCAACAAGGGCACUAUCACCCACUUUUAGAUGCAUCACAUCGACAAAAUAGAGGAGCAUCAGGGCCUAUAGCCCAUUAUGAGCAUGGGGGGAGUAACCCUAUAGAACUUUUUCAGUUAUUUGGCAUAGAAAGUCUUCGCAACAGUCUAAAUUACAAUGGUCGAAGCAUGCCAAGUAGCACUUCUCCAAGCAAUGGAAACAGUAGUUCUGGAACUGUCAACAACUCCAAUACUAACAACUCCAACAGCAACAACAGUAACAAUAAUUGUAAUGGACCAUGGCGUAUCCCUGUAAAUGUUAUGGGUCCUCCUCCUCCUUUGCAAAGACCAAUAGCAAAUUGUCCCAUGAAGAAAGGUUAUUGGAAUAAUAGGCCCAACAGAUCUGGACCAAAUAAUCUCGACUCUGUAAAUCGAGGUUCAAGUAAUGAAUGCUACAGCUCUGACAGUGGAUUCUCCUCAAGAUCUCCUACUCCUAGCAACCAGCAAGUUUCACCUAAUAGCUCCAAAAGUAGCAGCAGUAGUAGUAAUGAUGAUGAUGCUGCAUCUGCUGGGGGAGAACCAGCUCCUACUAAACCACCGAGAUUUAAAGGCCAUGCAUCUGGAGUUGAGAAUAGUAAUAAUAAGCGCCAGGAUUGCUAUCCUAGUUAUUAUCAACCAUACUACCCUCAUGGGGAAUACAUGGGACAGCUUGGUGUUCACCAGAGUUGCUCUCCACAUUUUCCUCACUCCCAUCAUCCACGUCAUCCACAUCACCACCACCACCAUCAACAACAUCAACAAAAUCUUCCUGCAUUUCACCAUAACCAUCAUCUAGUCCAACCAUCACCUCAACGCAGAUGCGAAAGCCUCACAAAUCUUAACCAACAAGUGCCUCCUAACAACCAUCAAAGCAAACGGAGGUUUCAUUCUAGUCGCCAUUCACCACCUGCCUCUUUUAGAAAUCCCAGCCGCGGAAGACGAAUCCCCUCAGGCACAAUGACUCACAGUACAACCAGCUUCAGUGCACCAGAUCGUUUCCUGCAGCGUUCGCACCUCAUGUACAUCACAACCAAACCCGUUGAUCUCCUUUCAGGAAACGAUUGGGAUGAGGUGUCAGGUGCUAUGUGGGACAAAUUCGUCCAGAAUCAGCAAACUGAAGAUGUUUAUAGAAACAAGAUGGAACUAUGGAAGAAACUCUUCUAUCAUAUCAAGGGCAUCUACCCAAAGUAUGGGCUGUUUCUUGUGGGAUCAACUAUAAGCGGCUUUGGAAGCAAUAACAGUGAUAUGGACAUGUGUCUUCUUGUAAGGCACUCUGAAAUGGAUCAACGAAUUGAAGCAGUUGGCCAUUUGGAGCGUGUGCUGAAAUGCUUGCGUCAGUGUUCUUUCAUUAAGAAUGCAGAUCUUAUUCAAGCUAAGGUGCCCAUUUUGAAAUUUAAAGAUGCAGAACAUGGUCUCGAAGUAGAUUUGAACUGUAACAAUGCUGUGGGUAUACGAAAUACUCACAUGCUUUUCUGCUAUGCACAGAUGGAUUGGAGAGUCCGACCUCUGGUUUUGAUUGUCAAAUUGUGGGCUGCUUCACAAGGUAUCAAUGAUGCCAAAAAUAUGACAAUAUCAUCAUAUUCGCUUGUGCUAAUGGUUAUAAAUUUUCUUCAAUGUGGGGUCAAUCCAUCUGUCCUUCCAUGCCUACAUAAACUGCAUCCAUCAAAGUUUCAGCCCCAUACUGAUCUUCACUUUAUUGACUUGCAUGAAGAGCUUCAACCUAUUAAGUCUGAAAAUAAUCAGUCACUGGGUGAACUUUUUGCAGCAUUUUUGGAAUAUUAUGCUCAGUUUGACUAUACCAAGAAUGCUGUGUCAGUAAGGACAGGUAGUUGUCUUUCAAUCGAGGAAUGCCGCCAUGCUCGAAGUUUUAAAAAUGACCCUCACCAAUGGAAGUAUCUUUGUAUAGAAGAGCCUUUUGAUUUGACAAACACAGCCCAUUCAGUUUAUGAUCCUGAAGUGUUUGAGAAGAUAAAGUCAAUUUUUAGGUCUUCCUUUGAGAUACUCAAUGACUCAAGGAGCCUUGAAUGUAUAUUCUCAACAUCUGAAAGCAAGUGAGAGCCAUCUGUCAUCCCACAAGAACUAUUAGAUGAGCGUUUUGUACCAACUUACGUGUGCCAAAGGAUUAAAGUUCUUUCAAAAGCAUCUUUGACUUGUGGUAGUUUGUGGAUGCAGUAUUUAGAGCACUUAAACAGUGAAGUGGCCCUUCGUUUUGUCCACAAUAUGUAUGCAUAUGCUUCUUUAUUGUUUUCCAGAAGUUCCUUGCAUAUCUAGUCCAAAUGGUGUAUUCCAGCUUAAGUUUUAUUUUUUUUUAAUGUUAAAUUAUAUGGAUAGAUUUGACAUUCCAUUUUGGACGGAGUGGAUUCAUUGUGAGUAAAUGAUGAAGGGCUGGUCUAGUUGUUCCUGUCCAGCCAAUAGGGUGGACAAGUUCUGAUGCAUUCCAAUGAAAAUGAACUAGUCAACUAUGAUAUUGUGGUCUGUGAUGGAAACUUGCCACAUUAUGUGGACCCUGAACUUUGCUGUUCUUAUACCAGUGUGCAGUAUUGUGAGCAUAUGCUCUAAUAUGGGCUGAUAACUGUUCAUCUGCUUCCGUUGGAUGGAAGCAACCAGAAUUUUAACUUCUUUUAUUUAAUUAAUGUAUUUCAGUAUGGUAACUAUUUACAGGAGAGCUAAUUACAUAAGUUCUUUGAUUGUUCUGACUGGUGCCAACUGCAGUGAAAUACUGAAAAAGGGAAAAAAAAACGACAAAAGACAAAAAAAAUUAUAAAAAGAAAAUAAUUGUACAUCAGUUAUUUAUUGUAUGAAAAGUGGUGCCUAUUGAGCAGUAGUCUACCUCAAAUGUUUUGUGUGUGUGAUGGGGAUUUUACUUAUUUGCGUACCAUUAAUUCUAAAUUCUAAGCAAUCAUUUGCAAGUUUUUAAACAAAUUCUUGGUGCUGUGCGCCAGUUUAGUUUGUGCUACAGUACAAAAGAUCUUUCUUUUUAUCAUUAUAUUGCUAGCAAUUUCAUAACUUUAAGGCAUUUGUGCUAAACCUCAUAACAUAAAGCAUUAAAUGUCCUAUGACUGUUAAGUUUCAUACCAUUACAUCUAAUUCUGUAGGGGAUUUUUUUUGAGAUAGACUAGUUAAAUUGAAGAAAUUCUGAUUUGUAUUUUAUAACAGUUGUAUUGUUGCCGUUAACUUAUAUUUUUGUUGAUGUUAAGGGUAAGUAAAAGAGUUGUCGUCAUUUAAAAUUUUUAAUGUUGGUUGUAAAUUAUCAUAUAUAUUUAGAAAGAGUUUUGGUGGUAUUGAUCAGAGUUUCUCUGAUAAAAGUUUUUCUUACUGAUGCAUUUUGUUAUGCCUUGACUGAACAAAUGAAUUCCUUCCUCUAGAGCUGAUGAAAUGUUACAAGUAUCUGGAGGAUUUUUUGAAAUUGCGUAUUUGGCCUGCUUUUUCCUUGAUGUCAUAAUGUUCUAUCUAUCCAACAAUGAAUCUUGGAGAAGUUAUGGUCAGCACAGGACACAUUACAUGUCUCCUUUUUACUCAUUUAUGUUUGUUGCCUUUCAUGUAUUGAGCAAAUUAAUUAUUCAAUAUUACAUCAAAAUAACUUGUUACAUGUUUUGACCUUAUCAAAUGAGACUGAUUUUGUUUUCUUAUUGAGGUAUCUCGCAUAUUAAUUGUAUCGAUAAAUAUCUUCAAUUGGUUGCGCUGAACUGUCUAACAGUAGCACAAAAUUCAGUGAUAGCAGAUAAAAUUUUGUCAUUGGAGAUCGUGGUGGCAUUUGUAUUAAUAUGUCUUGUCCCAGUGUUCUGAAGCCUCUCAUUUUCACACUCUUAAAGUGUGCUCUGUUCAGUGUUUUCCAAGAAAUCAGUAUUUUAAUUUUCAUCUCUGGAAGGCAGAAAAAGUAGAUAUCUCUGCUUGAUUGUCUUGCAUUACCAUAAAAGUUCAUCCAGUUUUCUCAAGCUGCUUUGAUUAUUGUUUUGUUUCUUUUCUACUCUUCAUUUGCUUCAAUAGUCAAGAAUAAUGAAUGCAUGUUACUAUCAUCCCAUAUUCUGUUUGGCAACUAGUUUGCCAUCUCUUUCCAAUGAACAACAUAAUUCUUUACAAGUUUACAAUGUGCUCUUUUUAUCUAAAAACUGGACAUGCCUUUUUUUUUCUUUGAUUAUUGGCCCUUUUAUCUUGAACUUUAAAUAAUUAUUUUCAUCAUUGAGUAAUCAUAUGUGAACCCAUCUGGUUAAUUGUUAAAGAUGAUUUUACAUUUGAAAGAAAUUCUUUUGUUAUGAAAUAUUAGUUUUUGAAAAUUAUUUCAUUCUAGCUUAUUUUGUCAAGUGUUUGUGUGUGUCUGCUGUUCAUUUCUAACAAGUCUGUUGAUACAAUACUCUGCAAAAUGUGAGUUCACAAACAAAGUUGUAGUGAGAUGGUAAGGAUUGUCACUGCGCUUUUCGUGGGACAUACCAUAAAUUUUCUUGAUGAGUCUCUUCAAAAUUCUUUCAUCUGCAUUGCUCUUUAGUUUGAUUGGAGAGAAUGCUCUUCCAUUAAAUUGAUCUCCGACAAUACAAUACAAUACCUACAGUUAAAAAUUGGUAACAAUAAUUAAUAACAAUAAUUUUAACUGAAAAACAUAUCAUUUGUGUUGUCAUGUCAUUAAUGGUGCGCAGGUUCCCUGCUGUGUUAUUUGUUGUGAAAUGAUAAUUGUAAGACUGUUAAGAUCAAUGAUAGGAAAGAUAAGUAAUUCUAAUUGUAUGGUGUAUUUCCAAGUCAUUUUUUCUGAAUAGGAAAACUGAAAUGCCUUGUUAAAAAAAAAUUAGUAAGAAAACAUUUGAAAACUGUGGAAAAAAAAAAAGUGUGACAAGCAGCACAUUUGAAGAAAGAUCUCUUCCAUUACUAGCAAAUAGUUUUAAGUUGAAACUGCUUUCCAUUGACACUACACCAGUGUCUGCGGAUUAAAUGUAACUUUAAGUAUAGGAGCACAUAUGUGUGCUCUUUCUGAUCUCUCUUAGGUCUAUUGUAAGUGCCCAUUUUGAAACAAUAGUUCAGUAUGAUGGCAAUAAGUUUGUGGGCUGUAAUAUUCUAACAUGAAUGGUGCCAUAAGAUGUAAGCAGCAAUCUCUAGGUCCCUUGUGAUUUCAUCCUGGUCACAAAUGCUGAAAGCAAAGCAAAUGUAAAAAAAUAAUUUGUAUGUCAGUUAUCUGCUUUAUUUAAUUGUACCACAAGUAAAGGGUCUUGUAUCACUUUCAGUGUACAAAAAAUAAAUAACUAUACCUUAA